AUGCAGCACCCUUCAGGCUCGGAGGCUGCUCGUCUUCUGGAUUCUUCUUACACUCCUGGCUCCUACACCAUGGCCUCACCGGAUAAAGAGACCGAAGAGCGAAAGACCUACGGGGCUAUCAACAACGAUGGCCGAAGGGGCAGUCUUGUCGACGCCGCGGAGGAUGAGGCGAUUAUUCCAAAGGGCGCGCUUGAUCCUGUGUAUGAAGCGAAGGCUCGUAUUCUUAACCGUGCUAUCCAAGAUCUUGGCAUGGGACGUUAUCAGUGGGAGCUCUUCAUCGUUAUAGGGUUUGGCUGGGCCUCAGAUAACCUUUGGCCAAUCGUUACAUCGCUUAUUCUACCGUCUGUCGCCAACGAGUUCAACGUCACCCAUGCGCCAUAUCUCACUCUGGCGCAGAAUAUUGGUCUUUUAGGCGGAGCUAUUUGGUGGGGGUUUGGGUGUGAUGUUUUCGGUCGCAAAUGGGCCUUCAACUUGACGUUGGGAAUCACUGCAGUUUUUGGCCUGAUCUCAGCCAGCGCCCCUAACUUUGCAGCGAUUGGCAUUUUCGAUGCGCUGUGGUCUUUUGGCGUAGGAGGAAACCUCCCAGUUGACUCGGCCAUUUUCCUUGAAUUUCUACCUGGGUCGCAUCAGUAUCUCCUCACGAUUCUCUCCAUCGACUGGGCCAUUGCGCAGGUAAUAGGCACGUUAAUCGCAUGGCCACUCCUGGGCAAUUAUACAUGUCAGCAAGAUACAGUAUGCCGACGAAAAGACAACAUGGGAUGGCGAUAUUUCACCCUUACAGUGGGUGGGCUUACACUUCUGAUGUUUCUCUCGCGAUUUCUUCUCUUCAAGAUUUACGAGUCACCGAAAUAUCUUAUGAGCAAGGGUCGUGAUGAAGAGGCUGUGCAGGUUGUACACACGGUUGCCAAGAAAAACGGAAAGACUUCAAAUUUGACACUCGAGGACCUCAAGGCUUGUGAGCCGGAGGGAUAUGUCGCCGAGACGGACACGAGCGCGGCACUGAAACGAUAUCUGGAGAAGGUCGACUUGUCCCAUAUAAAGGCUCUUUUUGUGACAAAGAAACUCGGCCUCAGCACUGGAUUGAUCAUGGCUGUUUGGGCUCUUAUUGGUCUGGGAUAUCCGCUCUACAACGCCUUUAUCCCGUUCAUCCAGGCAACAAAGGGUGCUGAUUUCGGCGACGGGAGCACCUAUCUCACCUACAGGAAUAGUCUUAUCAUCGCGGUUCUUGGUGUUCCAGGUGCGCUCUUGGGAGGCUGGCUUGUCGAGUUGCCACGCUUGGGACGGAAGGGAACUCUGUCCGCUAGUACAGUUCUCACAGGCGUGUUCCUCUAUUGCUCGACUACAGCGACGACUAGCGAUGCGUUACUCGGCUGGCAAUGCGCCUUCAACUUCUUCAGUAACAUCAUGUACGCUGUUCUUUACUCUUUCACGCCAGAGUUGUUCCCUACGCCUCAUCGAGGAACUGGUAAUGCUUUGUGCGCAUCUUGCAACAGAAUCUUUGGCAUUAUGGCGCCUAUUAUCGCCAUUUUCGCGAAUCUGGAAACGUCUGCUCCAGUUUAUACAAGUGGUGCAUUAUUUAUUGCCGCUGGAGUUUUGGUUUUGGCUAUGCCGUUUGAAUCCAGAGGCAAGGCUGCGCUUUGA